UCCGGGGCGGCGGCGGGGCCGGAGCGGCGCGGCGGAGGGGACAAGACCAGGGCAGGAGGGAAUCGGCCGGCCGGCAGGGACCCGCACAGCCAGCACAAUGCUGUCCUGGAGGCUGCACACGGGCCCGGAGAAGGCCGAACUGCAGGAACUCAACGUCCGGCUCUACGAGUAUGUGUGCCGGGUGCGGGAGCUGGAGCGAGAAAACCUGCUCCUGGAGGAGGAGCUGCGCAGCCGGCGCGGGAAGGAGGGACUGGAGGCCGAGUGGCAGGCGCGCUGGGCGGAGGAGGCGCGCUGCUUGCGGCAGCAGCUGGACGAGCUGAGCUGGGCCACGGCACUGGCCGAAGGAGAGCGCGAUGCGCUGAGGCGCGAGCUGAGGGAGCUGGGGCUGCUGGCUGAGGAGGCGCGCGCCGCCCGCCGCCGCCUGGACGCCGAGCUGAGUGCGGAGCAGCGCGAGCUGCAGGAGGCUCUGGGCGCGCGCGACACCCUGGAGGCGCUGCUGGGCCGGCUGCAGGCCGAGCGCCGUGGCCUUGAUGCGGCCCAUGAACGCGACGUUCGAAACCUUCGCGCGCGCUCCGCCGGCUUGACCCUGAGCUACAGCGCCCGAGCCACCCGCCCCGCCGUGCCCCCACAACGUCUGCAGGAGGUGCAGGACAGCUACACGCUGCUGGUGGUGGAGUCGUGGCGGGAGACCAUACAGAUGUACGAGGACAAGGUGCGCGAGCUGGAGGAGGCACUGCGGCGUGGCCAGGAGAGCCGGCGCCAGGCGGAGGAGGAGAAGCGGCUGUGCGCCCAGGAGGCGGAGGCACUGCAGCGCCGGGCGCUGGAGCUGGAGCAGUUGCGUGCGAUGCUGGAGGACGAGCUGCUGCGGAUGCGCGAGGCCUAUGAGCUGCAGGCGGAGGAGCGGCAGAGUGCGAUCGCCCACCUGGAGGAUGAGAAGGCCACCCUCAGCCUGGCCCUGGCCGACCGGCUGCGGGACUAUCAGGACCUGGUGCGGGUGAAGACCGGCCUCAGCCUGGAGGUGGCCACCUACCGCGCCUUAUUGGAAGGAGAAAGUAACCCGGAGAUACUGAUCUUGACCGAGCGCAUCGAAAGCCUGCCACAAGCUCAGAACAAAACGUCCUAUCAGCAAACCAGCUCGGUGUUACAGAGGGAAAAUGAAAGAAACCUGUUUCUGAGGCACAAGGCACCUUCCGGAAGCUUCCACCGCAGCUGGGCACAGCCCACGUCACGGACGGCCAUCGAAAACGCUUCCAGAAGACGCCCCCUGGGCCCAGGAUACCCUUCCCUUACCACCUCCUGGCGGGAGAAGUCUUACGAAAAAACUGCCAACGGUCAAGCCAGCUUCAGAGCCCUCUCUCCAAUGUCCAGGCUUUCGAGAAAUACUGAAGUUCAAGUGCAAACAUUCCCUACUCGACCAAGGACUGAAGGCGCCAAGGCUGGUGGUGUGGCCCGAGAGUCCACCCUCGCCCAGGGGUCGCACCGUCGGGACAAUGUGGCGGCGGGUGCUUCUGAAAGCACCUGGUCCCGCGAGAGGACUGUCGUCCUGGGGAAGAAAACAGAGGCUCCGGUCACGAGGGAGCAGGAGAGGAGCAGACCCGUAACCGUGCAGACGAAGCGAGAGGAGAGACUGUUUGAAUCGAAGGAGAGGGCUUCGGAGGAGAGAAACUUGCGGUGGGAGGAGCUGACCAAGUUAGACAAAGAAGCGAGGAUGAGGGAGACCCAGCACAUGGGGGACAGGGCGAAGGGGAAGGAGUUGUGGAAGGAGAAACACGUGAGAGAAAGAGAGAUCCCGAUCAGUCUAGAAGUCUCCCGGGGCAGCACAGCAGCGGGGACCCCCAAAGGCGUCCAGACUCCCCUGCAGAGGGACGCGGGUGGCGGUCCAGGGGGAGGGGCGCGCACGAGGGAGACGCCGCGGCUCCGCUUGGACACCAGGGAUGCCGCGGGCGCUCUGCAAGGCGACUCGGUGACCGAAACCAUAGCGGAGAGCAUCGUGUCCAGCGUCCUGCAGCAGUUCACCCAGUCUCCCGACGCGGAAGCCUCUGCGGACGCUUUUCCGGACACGAAAGUCACUUACGUGGGCAGGAAAGAGCUCCCCGGGGGAAAGAAGACGAAGACGGAGAUCGUGGUGGAGUCGAAACUGACCGAGGAGAUCGACGUGACCGAUGAGGCCGGCCUGGAUUACCUGUUGAGCAAGGACGCGCGGGAUCAAGUCUGGCAGAAAGGCAAACCCACCGAGCGGGUGAUCGGAGACGUGAUCAACCUGGGUCUGAAGGGGAGGGAGGGGAGAGCGAGAGUGGUCAACGUGGAGAUCGUGGAAGAGCCCACGAGCUACGUAGGCGGCGGGGAGGCCCACGAGUUUCCUACCCCAUUCCACGUGGAGGAGGCCGACGACACGUCUCCGGGCUCCAGGGGGCUCGGCGCGGAGGAAGGUUACGCAGAAACGGAGGCCACAUUCUCCUCCACGAGUCAGCGUAGGAAGACCCAGCUGCCCCGAGAGAGCGCAACUCACGUGGAAGAAGUGACAGAGGCAGGUGACUGGGAGGGAGAGCAGAGCUAUUUCGUGUCGACCCCCGACGAGGCCCCGGAGCAGGACGCCGGGCGCGACGCGGGCGACGGCUCCGUGUACGGGCAGAUCCACAUCGAGGAAGAAUCCACCAUCCGCUACUCCUGGCAGGAUGAAAUCGUGCCCGUGUCUCGGCGAAGACCGCCAAGGGACCUCGAGUUGGGGGAGAAGGUUGUGGAGCCACCGGCUGUUCCAGAACCUUCCCUGGAGGGGCACGUGGGCUCCCCGCACUGGAUAGAACAGACCAGCAGCGGCGAGUUUCAUGCGGAGACCACGGUGGUCGAAAAGGAGAUUAAAAUACCCCAUGAAUUUCACACGUCCCUUAAGAGGGACUUCGCGGAGCCCAGACACCAGCUGGUAGAGGUGAUCGGGCAGCUGGAGGAGAACCUUCCGGAGCGGGUGAAGGAGGAGCUCUCCGCCCUCACCUCGGAGGGCCAGGGCGGGCUGGGGAACCUGUCGGUGGAUGUGAAGAAAGUCCAGACCUCCAGCGGGGAGGCCGUGACCUUGGUGGCGGAAGUCAACCUCUCGCAAACCGUGGAUGCCGAUCAGCUGGACCUGGAGGAGCUGAGCAAAGACGAAGCUGAUGCCAUAGAGAAAGCCGUGGAGUCGGUGGUGCGAGAUACUCUGGCCAAGCGACACAGCCCAGCGCCGGGAAGCCCGGACGGGGACCCUGCAGUGGCAGCCCCGGCCUUUGGCUUCAAGCGCUGGGCCACGCAGGAGCUGUACAGGCCCUCUGAUGAGGACGCUGGCCCGGCCUCUCGCGGCACCCAAAGGGUCCCUUCGCACGGUCCGGUGUCGGCCACCGUGGAGGUCACCAGCCCGAGGGGCUUUGCGCAGUCACACGUGCUAGAGGACGUAGCCCAGUCUGUAAGACACGUGACGAUAGGCCCCGCUGGGAUGUGGAGGACUGAGCAGGUGCCCCCCGAAGCGCCCCCUGCCGGAGAGGUAAGUGGGGAAGGCGGCCUGCGUCAGGCAGGGCGCACGGACGAGCCCCGCCCGGCAGAACUCUCCGCAGACAGCGACAGGUCGGGCCGCGGCAGCGCGCUGGGCUCCCGGCAAUUUCACGCUCAAUGGGAAAGGACUUUUCAGGGCCCGUUCUCCGGGGCAGGGGAGGGUGGCGAUUAUUUUCAAACAGGAGAGUCAGCGAGUACCCUGACUUCUGUAAGGCACCUCCAGUUGGGCCCGAGGGAGGGGUUCAGGGAGCAAACUCAGGUCACGGCCCCCCUUUCGGACACAACAGAGUCGGGUGUUGGAGGGGCUUCCGCGCACGCCCGAGAGUGGUCAGAGGCCAGCACGUCCGUCAGGCACGUCGCAGUGGGCUCCCAGAGACUGCAGACCACUGAGCAGAAAGGUCUGCGGCCUGGGGGAGUGGGCGACUCAGAAAGCCGCGUCCCCGGAGAGGGCUCAGCAGAUGAGACCUGGGCGGCUCAUAGUUACUCGGUGGGCAGGACGGUCCUGAUGACACAGAAGAGCACCUUCCAAGGGUCUGAGUCCCAGUCUCCCCAGGAGGCUAGUUGGGGGGACAUCUCGGAGGCAGAAGAGACCCUGGGUGCGGGCAGAUCUUACAAGCACAUCCGGCUAGGUCCCACAGAAACCGUAACCUCCGAACGCGUUGUCUUCCACGGGCCCGUAUCCCCAACCUCGGCCCUCGCUGGGUCUACCGACCCCCCUGAGCGGGCCGAGGCCACAGACAGCCGGACACUAAGGCACGUCGCUCUGGGGCCCAAAGAAACCUCGUUUACCUUUCAGAUGGACGUGAGUCAUCACACAAGGGCGACCCCCAGCUGGACCCCAGAGGCCCCAGCCCUCUUCCCCACCCCAACGGAAGCGGAAGCUCAUAGUGGAACCUGGAGAGACGCUGGCGGUGGGGGGGACCGGGGGGCCGGCGUGAGCGCUCGGGGCCAGGAGCAGGCUGAGUUCAAUAAGGCGGUGCAGCUCCAGAGAAUGGUAGACCAGAGGUCGGUGGUGUCGGAUGAAAAGAAGGUGGCCGUCCUCUAUCUAGACAAUCAGGGGGAAGACGAUGAGGGCCACUGGUUUUGAUCACUAUUUCGUCUGACUCGGCAUCUGAUUUUGCCGUGUGCCAACACACACGGGCCUUUACUUCUUUUAAGGGGGGACCACUCUUUAUUAAAACGUCCCCCCCCCUUCUUUUUAAUUUCUCCAAAGAGUGUUCCUUCCGGGCGAGGCCGACUUACUUUGCGGCCUGUAGGGGUUUUGAAUGGAUCCACGCCUUACACAGCGUAGGAAUUUUAUUUUUUGAGUUGGGACUUUUACAAAAACACUUUGUCUCUUUUUAGUCUUAAAAGUUCCUUUUGUGUGUGUGUGUGUGUGUGUGGAGUUUUCACUCCUAGAACCAGUGUGCCCCAGGUUGCACCUGGUCACCGAAACGCCUCACACCUGUCUGAAGCCUUAGGAAAACUGCCUGAAGAGUAACCAAAGUUAUUUAGGACUAAAGAGGAAAUUUAUUUGCAUGUGCUCAUAAGAAAUAGUAAACUAACCUUUUAAGGCAAAAAAAAAACCUUCUUCCCUCUCUGAAGUCUUUUCAACAAGACAUCUUAGCAAAUGAGCAGACUGCUUCCUCAUGAAAAGAAAUCUAAAGGAUUUCACCUUUAGGAAACAGGUACUUGUCAUAGGAUUGAAUUCACUUUAAGUCGAGAAUGAAUGCUUUCUAUGCAUAGGACUUUUAGAAAAUGUAGCACUUUAUUCAUGGAGAGGAUGGCCCCAGCCUAGGCUCCGCUGGCCCAGGUUCCAGGGUCCCAGCCCCGGACCCGUGUGGAGGGGAAGCAGUCACUGCCAGUUGCUCACGGUACCGUUUCUUUCCCGUGGCCCUGGGUCUAAAUAACACUCUUUUGGAGGUAUGACCUAAGUUCUGGAGGCACCAGCUCUCAUCAGGGGAUACUUGAACUUCUCUGCACUCUCCCCGCACGUAAACAUCUGCCGUUACUGGUGGGAGGCAGACCCAGGAGACACAGUAAUGACAAUGUCGGCGAUGUUGGACCGUUGCCGGGGCCGUGGGCCGUGAAAUCGAAAGCCUAGGAUGGACAGUGCCGCCCCCUCCCCUCCAAGGAGCCCUUCUCCAUCCACUGCCAACCCCGUGGGCGUCUCUGAGCUCGAAGAGGGAGAGACGAAAAAGGACAACCGACACGGGAGUUCUUGCACGUUCGACAGAAGUCGUUAGAGGGAGGUGGUUUUGUCCCAGAGAACGAAGAACCUGUGAGGUGGGAUAAGACGUUUUGGGGAAGGCACUGGGGGCCCCUCCCACCGCCCAGCACUGAAACCCCCAGCCUGGGCACCCGAGGAUCUGUCCCACUGAGUUUAGGGCAUUGGAAGAAGCAUGUUCUGGUGGCUUCAUUUUAUUUUACACGAGGUAUUGUUUUUACAGCUCCCGUCUUUAAAGGUGCAGCAUCACGUCAGAACUAGCAUCCCUAGCAGCACAGCAUUAUUCUAAUCCAAGUUAGUCUUUGGCUUCCUCCGGCAUGGUCUCACGGGACUGCCUGCAGUGCACAGAUAGUAGUGGCUGAGGUUGUGUCACCGUCGUGUGGGUGAUGAUGACUGGGGUGGGGGGGGGGUGAGUACAGCAUUUGAGGUUCCUCUCUGGGUUUCACGUAAUGGCCCUUGGACCCCCGAGAUGCACGUCUCCUCAGUGCCCCACAACGGCUACAGCAGAAAGUUUAGGAAGAGUUCGUUUUCCUUAUUGAUAAGUGGGAAAAACGCAGCACAGCUUUGGGAGUGAACCAGUUGAAAAACGCUCUGCAUUGGGAGGUGGAAAGUGGAUUUGAAGGGCUGGUGUAAACCUUUGUCACCUGCCGAAUGGACUGGUGACUGUCAGCACCUGGCAGGGAGGCGAGGGCUUUGCAAAGCAAGACUCCUCCUUUCUAGAACGGGCAAAGACAGGCUAUGUUAACGGUGUUUGUAUAAGGGACUUGUUGGCGAGAAUUCGGUCAGGACGAUGGCCCAUUGUUUCGACGGCUGGACGGACUGAGGAGGGGGAGCUGGCGAUGCCAGCCUGAGUGGCUUUGUUCCACGUGGCCGUCACAGCCCAUGACCUUGUGAAUGGGGGCCAGCACGCACAGGCUAAUGUUGUGACCCACUUCUCUCUGGCUAAAUAAAUACCUGAGAUCUGAAUCCCCAUCUCCACGGUGCAAUGAGUUGUCUUUGAGAAGCAUCCCGCCCAUGCAGAAGGGUAUGCACCCACACAGAACCACAAGCUGCUGAUGGCUCCUGCAUCUGGUCACUCCGGAGCAGGGCGCACCCCGAACACUGUGACAGGUCACCCCCCAGCCUCGUGCCCUUUGAAACCUGUCACUCUGGAGACAAUAGACCUCAGUUCUGUGGUGGUUUGGGGGCAAGGACACAGUCCUUUCCUAUUUACUGUUGUUCAGAAUGACGGUAUUAGUGGGAUGUUGCUCACCUCCCUGCUGGUUGUUUUGAUGUUGUUUGUUUGAAAUGUGUAUUUAGAGUGGAAUCCUCUGAAAAGCUUAUCUUGCCAACCUCCUGUUCUGUACAAAGAGACAGGUCACAAAAUGUGCACAAAUAAAAAUCUAAGGAAAACAAAACAA